AUGGGACGAACGGUGCUUCACGAUCCGAGUUUCCGAGAUUCGAGUUUUCUCAACCUCGCAAUCUGCAUUGGCGGUAUCUACAUUUGCUACCUCAGUUAUGGCAUUUUCCAAGAAAAAAUUUUUACGUACCGUUCACCCAGUGGUAAUAAGUUCACGGCGACGCUCUUUAUGCUAUUCGUGCAAUGUUUUACCAACUCAUUAGUGGCUUACGCUGCCACGUUUGUGUGGAAACCCAAACGUUCCCGUAUGCCACUGGCCCCAUUUGCUUUCACUGCUGCAGCCUAUUUGGGCGCUAUGCUCUGUAGUAAUGAGGCACUUAAACACGUAAGUUUUCCCACUCAAGCUCUGGGUAAAUCAUGCAAGAUGAUUCCCGUGAUGCUCAUGGGCGUACUUAUUCGUCGUAAAAAGUACACGCUCCGGGACUACAUUUGUGUCGUGGUCAUCACGUCGGGUAUCGCCGUGUUUCAAUUGGGCAAAGGAUCAGCUAAACACGCAGAAAGGGAGAACAGUACGUAUGGUUUACUGCUGCUCUUCUUGUCGCUGACAUUGGACGGCAUCUCGGGACCCAAGCAGGAGGAAAUUGCACACCAAUUACGUCCUUCGGUGCACCAGCAGAUGCUCAAUACAAACAUUUGGGCCGUCAUCUACACAGGAGUGGGUGCAUUGGUCACGGGUCAAGCGCUCGAGGGUCUUAUGUUUUGUAUCGAGAAUCCAGCCAUCCUCAAUUCGGUCUUUUACUUCUCCGUGUGCAGUGCAUUGGGCCAGAACUUCAUUUAUUUUACCAUCCAGCAAUUCUCGGCGCUUACGUGCACGACGAUCACCACGACGCGCAAGUUUUUUACGAUCUUGUUCUCGGUGGUCUGGUACGGCCACGAACUUAGCGUCAUGUCGUGGCUGGGUGUAGCCGUCGUGUUUGUUGGUUUGGGAUGGGAGCUAUCGAGCAAAUACCGGAAGUACCAAACGCAGAGUGCUAAGUUUACUUAA